CCACCUUCUCUUCUCCUGCAAUCUAGGCUAGGGUUCCUUCGAAUAUACCUUCGUACUCUUCUUUCUUCGAAUUUCGCCCAUUUUUCUCAUAUCCGUCUAUCUCUGCUCUGAGAUCGGAAGUUAAAUUCCUACCAUCCCGCUUGAUCCAUAACUUUUUUUCCUUUUGUCUGACAUCUCUCUCUUCUUCUUCCCCCUUUUCCUUUCAUUUUUUCCCCUUCCAUAUUGAGAAUUUGAAUCAUUGUUCAAUUCGGCUCCAGAAGUUUGACCAUAUCUGGACUCUGUUCACCCGAUUGCCAGCUUUCGGAUCUUCGAUCGGAAUUAGAUCAUGACCGUUCCUGCUUCCGGUUUUAUGAUGGAAAACGGCGGAUCAAGUUGCCUACCACUCCCCCCAGAUGUGGAGAAUCGGAUCGUUACCGAGCUGGGGAAGGAAUCCGAGUCCAAUUUGAAAGAAGGCAACCUAUACUAUGUUGUUUCUAAUCGGUGGUUUAGAAGAUGGCAAUUAUAUGUCGGACAGCCCACUGAAGAAUUUUCCAGCGAAGAUCAUUCCUCUGAUUCCCAACACUUUAAUAUGGUUCCCUUAAAUGUGGUCGAUAGACCCGGCCCAAUUGAUAACUCAGAUAUAAUCGUUGAUGGAAGUGAUUCUGAGAACAAUGAUUUAGAGCUAAAAAGACCUUUGGAGGAACGACGGGAUUAUGUUUUGGUUCCCAGUGAAGUUUGGGAAAAACUUUAUGAUUGGUAUAAAGGGGGGCCUCCAUUACCAAGAAAGUUGUUAUCACAAGGUGUCAAUCAAAAGAAUUUUUUUGUGGAGGUUUAUCUACUUUGUCUAAAGUUGAUUGAUUCCAGAGAUGGGAGUGAGUCUACCAUACGAUUGAGCAAGAAGGCUACUGUAUUUGAUCUUCGUGAGAAGGUGUUUGCACUUAAAGUAAUAAAACAAGAAAAGGCAUGUAUAUGGGACUACUUCAACAAACAGAAACAAGUCAUAUUAGAUGUGACAAGCCAAACCCUAGAGGAAUUAAACUUGCAGAUGGAUCAACAUAUUCUUCUUGAAGUUGAUGGACCUACUCCCCAGACUGGCAUGGAUGCCACUCGAAAUGAGUUGGCUUUGGUAGCCCUUGAACCUUCAAGGUCAUCUAUGUCAAUUGCAGGGGGUCCGGUGAUGUCAAAUGGGCAUUCAUCUGGUUAUGGUUAUAGCCUUUAUCAGGAAAGUUCUUUAAGUACAUCAGUUUCUGACAUGGAUGAUAGAAAUGAGGUUGGUACUACUGCAAAAAAGAGAGAGAAGGGUGGUUUGGCAGGGUUGCAGAAUUUGGGAAAUACAUGUUUUAUGAAUAGUGCCAUUCAAUGUUUAGUUCACACGCCACCCCUUGUGGAGUAUUUUCUGCAAGAUUAUUCUGAAGAGAUUAACUCAGAAAAUCCCUUGGGAAUGCAUGGAGAGUUAGCCCUUGCUUUUGGUGAAUUGUUGAGGAAAUUAUGGUCCUCAGGACAAACCACAAUUGCACCACGUGCAUUUAAGGGAAAGUUAGCUCGUUUUGCUCCCCAGUUCAGUGGUUAUAACCAGCAUGAUUCCCAAGAACUCCUUGCCUUCUUACUGGAUGGAUUGCAUGAAGAUUUGAAUCGUGUUAAAAGGAAGCCUUAUUUUGAAACAAAGGAUUCUGAUGGUCGUCCAGAUGAAGAAGUUGCAGAUGAGUGUUGGAGAUACCAUAAAGCACGAAAUGAUUCUUUAAUUGUAGAUGUUUGUCAAGGCCAAUAUAAGUCAACAUUGGUUUGUCCACUUUGUGGGAAAAUCUCAAUUACUUUUGAUCCAUUUAUGUAUUUGUCAUUGCCGCUACCUUCAACUGUCACCCGGACUGUGACAGUAACUGUGUUCUAUGGUGAUGGUAGUGGUCUUCCAAUGCCAUAUACUGUGACAGUGCAAAGACAUGGUUACACCAAAGAUCUUACCCUUGCAUUGGCUGCUGCUUGUUGCUUGAAGAGUGAUGAAAAUCUUCUGCUUGCAGAGGUUUAUGAUCAUCGUAUUUACCGAUAUUUUGAGAAUCCUUUGGAAUCAUUGACUUCAAUUAAAGACGAAGAGUAUCUUGUUGCCUAUCGGCUUCCAAAAAGGGAGUCUGGGAGACCAAAGCUAGAGAUCAUUCACAGAUUGCUGGAAAAAUGCUCAGACCGUCUGAAGGGAUUGGAGAGAAAGCUUUUUGGAACUCCUCUAGUCACGUAUUUGGAAGAAGAGUUCCAUACUGGAGCUGACAUUAAUGCAGCUGUGUCUAAAAUUCUCUUUCCCUUGAGAAGAACAUACUCUUCAACUAAAGCACAUAGUAGCAAAGAAAAUGGCUUCGUUUCCGAUAUGAAUGAUGAACCAGCCAACUGCGAUCACCAAUCUGUUUCUGGGAGCCAGUCAAUUGACAUUGAAUUAGAAGAAACAUCUGAAAAGGAGUCAUCCUUUCACCUUCUUUUAACCGACGAUAGGGGUUUGAGCUGCAAGCCAAUUGAGAAGGAUUCUGCUAUUAAAUAUGGUCCAGUUGUAAAGGUUUUCCUGGAUUGGACUGAUAGAGAACACGAAUUAUAUGAUGAGGGCUACAUCAAGGAUCUUCCUCCAGUUCACCAGACAAGGUUCAUGAAGAAAACACGGCAGGAAGCAGUUUCUUUAUUUUCUUGCCUGGAAGCAUUCCUGACGGAAGAACCUUUAGGUCCCGAUGACAUGUGGUACUGCCCUCGGUGCAAGGAGCAUAGACAGGCUACUAAGAAGUUAGACUUGUGGAAGUUGCCAGAGAUUAUUGUUUUUCACUUGAAACGUUUUUCAUACAGUAGAUACCUGAAAAACAAACUUGAUACCUUUGUUGAUUUCCCCAUUCACAAUCUUGAUUUGAGCAAAUAUGUCAAAUGCAAUGAUGGAAAAGCUCACUUAUACAACCUAUAUUCUAUUAGCAACCAUUAUGGUGGUCUUGGCGGAGGGCACUACACUGCAUACGCUAAGUUAGUUGAUGAGAAGAGAUGGUACCACUUCGAUGACAGUCAUGUUUCCCCGGUUGGCGAAGAAGAGAUCAAAACAUCGGCUGCCUAUUUGUUGUUCUAUCAAAGAGUUGGAAAAUGACUUGGAACAAAGCUUCAUGGCCCUCUACUAGAAGUGGCAAUGGUUCUUGACUAUGCUGUUUCAACUUCAUUCCUGCCGCUAUAAGGAAAGUUUAGUUUAUCAUGGUUCACCAUUAAUCAGGCCAAACAAGGGAGGAGUAGAACAGUUCUGAUUUUGCAGAAGAAACGUGGAAUUCGGUACAUAAAAUAUAGUCUGGCUUCAGAGUAUAUGAUUCGAGCAUCAAAACUGGAUUAAUUCUAUUUAAAAUUACGUUUAUCUCAUUCAUUAACAGAAAUUUUGUUGUGUGGUUAGAUGGGUCGUGUAGAUUUGUAGCAAAUCUGCCUCUAGAGGCAAAAGUGGGGUCUAUCAUUCAUUUGUAAGCUGCUGCUACUACUUGCUUCUGAUUAAUACCUAAUUUUCUUCAUGUCUACAUGCCAUAGUGUUGCUGUGUAGGAAUUUUUUACUGUGUAAUUCCAAUAUUAACACUAACCCUUUAUAUUUCUACUAAACCAUACCUUUGUUAUUACUUUGAA